AGACGACGUUCAGUGCCCAGGCAACGGUUGACGCCACCUUUCAUGGCGCUCGGUCGAUUUCAGGAUAUUCCUUAAAUCAGACUAAUUUGUUCUGCUGUAGCCUAGAAUUAUAUCUAUUAUCAUAGUAAAAUAAUGAGGUUUUGAACUGUUGAGGUCGAAGCAGAGACUAGAGGAUGAGUUUUGAGGCAAAGCGAUGCGGGGUUCAGUUCAGUCCCCCCUCUAUAGUUUUAAUUUAUCAGCACAGAGACACUAAAAAGGUACGAAAGAGGAUCAUACCUGUACGGAACUUCUUCAAACACUCAGGUGGGGCGAGACAACUUCAUCCUGAACUUAUAGAUACGUUAAAACCACAUUAACCACAUGUUAUUAGUGAACCAUUUGUGAAACAGCUUUGUAUGAAACUCUGUGAUGGGGUGGGAACCGCUGUCUGACCUGUGAUAUACGAUACGAUACCCGAUACAGAACCGCCCAUGAUGGCCAUAUCAAAUAACAGAGAUAAUGCAGUGUAAUAAUGGACACAUUCAAUAUUGUACAUCAUCAUAUUUUGAUACACAGGUAAAAUGCCUCUCAAUGUUUAAAUGCUGGAAUAAUGUGAUUAGUGGAGUCAAAAAAGAAGUGACUUUGGAAGUGAAACUGUCACAGGAAUCUGUUCAGAGAUGCUUUUUAUUAAAAUUAGAGAAUCAUAAUUUGAUGCUUGUGAUAGGAUCCCACAAACCAAGAUGACAGCAUAAUGCCAUAUCAAUAUUUAGCCACACCUUUACUGAAAAUAUAGAAUAUUGCAACCAUGAAGGUAAAUAUCAGAUACUCUUUAUUUGGAGAUUGCAUCUCUUUUAUAUCUAGGAUUAUUACACAAGCAACAUUGAAUUAUAUUUAUUAUACCAUUAUAAUUGUGCCUUGGCUUACUCAGUUCACUUAAUGCCCCAACUAAGACCACAGUCUUUGGUCUUCUUGCAGGGCCCUACCCGUGAUUCCUACACCUUGACUGGUCCCAAAAGGUGGCUGAAGCAAUAACCAUUUUAAAGUAGUGGUGUACAUUUUUUCUUUAUUAAAUAACUACACAUUAAUUUCUCCUAAAAACUGACAAGUCUUAGAUUACCAAAAGCUUAACUUAUACUUUAGAAUAAGUUGUGAUUUAUGGAAGCCCUUUGUGGAAAUGCAUUCAGACAUUUUAUUUGUUCAGUUUUCAUAACAUUAAAAGUUUAUCUGCAGUUAUUUUCUCUCACUCACUACACUUCAUCUUAGAGCUGCAUCCUUAAAAGUCUAGAGUAUCAGAAAAUUAUCCUGCAGUCUCAAGAGAACAACACUUAUCAUCUUAGACAGUAAGAAAAAUGGGUCAAAAUCUACAGUAUAACAGCUGAAAUUGAGUUACCACUGAAAACCAGCUUGUUUUUUUUUUUUUUAAGAUAAUGAGAUGCUUGGGUCCACUUCUGGACAAAACUACUGGAAUUUUCUCUAUCACACAAAAACUGACAGUAUAAAGUAUAGUAUAAAGUGUAAAGGCUGCACAAUAUUAUCAGCAUGAUUACGCUGGCAGAUAAUUACUUUCAAAGUUCAUGAUCAGUAUUUAUAUGAACAUUUCUACAGGUAUAUAUAGGCUAUAUAAGGUGAUACAUUAAAUAUGUCUGCACGAUGACUGCUUACACAUGUUGGCUGUAUGAAGGUAUUCUGAAGUGUUGGAAAAUGACAGCAUGUCUACAUUUAAAGAUAAGAAUACAUUAAUCAUUUAUGGUAAUAUCAAGUGCUGUUUGUCAUGUAUGGAUCUAAACAAAUAUAAACUUUGCGUGGGGAAAAGAGGUGUUUAUAUUGGAGAAAUCAAAAUCCUUAAAAUAAAAUGUUGUGAUUCAUGUCAGGGCCUCUGUAUUUGCGCUGUUCCUGACAAAAUCAGUAUAAUUUACAUGGAAAUAAUCCUAAAUACUGACACCUCUUUGCUUGUUCUCCCCCUCCAGACUGCAGCAGGGCAGCCGAAAAGCUGAAGAACAACCCCCGGCACAGGGACUACCUGGACUCAGUGACCUGCAGCCAGCUUGAAAAGCUUCAUGUCAUCCUGCAGGAUCAAAUGAAGGGCCUCAGCCUGGAGCACAGCCUGGCCUCAUUUCACCUCGACCCUGAAGAAGACCUGAACAAACUGGAUGACCAGGAGCUGAAUCGUAAGAAGGGACAAAUGGACGAACUGUUUGAGAAGAACCGCAGGCACAAAGACGAUCCAGACUUUGUUUACGACCUGGAGAUGGACUUUACAAAGACCAUGCAGGACAAGUGCAGCUGGGAUGAAGAGUCUGAUGAUGGAUUUUAAAACUGCUCUUUAGUUCAGAGAGAAAACAUGAGCACAUCAGGCUUUCCAUUAUAAGCAACAAAGAAUGAAACAACACACAGAUUAUAGUGAAUAUUUAUUUGUUAUAAAAUACUGCAUUUUACAAAAUACAAAGACUUUGGCUCUCUUAAUUUGUGGCUUACACCUAAAUGAGUGAUAUUCACAGUCCAGAAUGAAAGAAGAUGCUAAAAUCCCAUUAAAUAAAAUUUUAAGUGUACACUGGUAAGUAAUCAAUACAACAAAUAUAUCUUUGGAAAAAACUGUGUCCACAAAA